GGCCAAUGGUGAGCUGUUUUCGUAGCGUGUUAUAUUACCGAAAAUGUCUUGGUAUCAGAAAUUGAAACUGUUAGUGUGGAAGAAUUUCCUUCUGCAAAGAAGACACAAAUGGCAAACAGUGUUCGAAAUAGCAUCGCCUGUGAUAUUUUCUCUUUUCUUAAUUCUACUAAGAUGCCUCGUGGAGCCGGAUUUAAAACAGGCGAAGAACUAUACGGAAUUCCGCCCAACUUAUUUCAAUAUAUCGCAAAGUCUUGGAAACCUGUCAGCAGUACGAAAAGAAGGGACUCUAGCAUUUUCACCAGAGAAUCCUCUAACCAGAGCUGUCACAGCAAAAGCCAUGGCAGCAGUGGCCUCCGACAACCUAGGGUUCUUGUCGCUUUUCUUUGAUGCAUCAGACCUUCCUGUUCCAAAGGGGUAUGCUAAUGCCCGAGAUUUGGAAGUAGCCAUGACACAACCAAAUGUUAUGAAGACCACUCUUCUUGGUGUCCAAUAUGAUGAUAACUUGGCAAAUGCCUCAUCAUGGCCAGAUAAAAUAAGGGUAACAUUGAGGUUUCCCGCAGUUAUGAGGACGCCCAUAGUCGAUCACCCUAUCCGAGCGAGUUGGAGAACUAAUUUAUUAUUUCCUCUGUUCCCACGACCGGGACCUCGCGCCCCUGAUGACAAAUUUGGGGGCAAAGUGCCAGGAUAUGUGCCUGAGCUCUUUCUUGGAAUGCAACACGCUUUAUCCAGAGAGAUAAUAGCUAUGAAGACGGGUCAUCCUUAUAGUACACAGGUAUACAUGCAGAGAUUUCCACAACACCAAUAUAGAGAUGACAAUCUGUUAAUUGCACUGGAAAGAUUUGUAUCUAUGAUAAUAAUGCUCUGCUUCGCGUAUACGUUUGUGAACACGGUCAGAAUGGUCACAGCUGAGAAAGAGUUACAACUAAAGGAAACAAUGACUAUAAUGGGUCUGCCCUCUUGGCUUCACUGGCUAGCGUGGUAUAUUAAACAAUUCACGUUUCUUUUGGUUUCUAUCGUCAUAAUGGUCACGUUACUUAAGAUUCCAUUGACGGCAGGAAAGUUCUCGGUGUUAACCUAUACGCCAUGGACCGUACUGUUCUUCUUCAUGGUGCUAUAUAUAUUGUCUUCACUCUCGUUCUCAUUUAUGGUCAGCGUGUUCUUCACAAGGGCGAACACAGCGGCGUCUUUCAUGGGCUUGGCGUGGCUGACAACAUACUCCUUUUUCAUGAUGACGCAAGUGCUGUACGAGGACAUCAGUCUGACGACUAAAGUUCUUUUGAGUUUAAUCUCGAAUACUGCAAUGGGAUAUGCCUUUCAGAUGAUAGUUAUUUGCGAAGGAUCUACUAGAGGUUUACAAUGGGGCGAUUUCUUUAAACCCAUAACAUACCACGACAAUUACAUGCCAGGUCACGUGAUGUUCAUGUUCCUACUAGACACAGUGUUGUACAUGCUGAUAGCUAUGUAUGUGGAGAAAAUUCGACCAGGAAUGUACGGCGUACCCAUGCCGUGGUAUUUCCCGUUCACUAAGAGUUUUUGGAGACCAAGUAAAGAAAAAGUUGCCCAAAACAACACAGACCUUGAAUACCACGAUUCGUUGUUGCAAGUGGUACACGAUGAGGAACCGAAAGAUGUACCCAUGGGCGUUAACAUUAAGAAUCUCACUAAAAUUUACAAAGGUCGCAAGAAGGCCGUGGACAACUUAAACCUUAGAAUGUACCAGAAUGAAAUAACAGUAUUAUUAGGUCAUAAUGGCGCUGGGAAAACCACCACUCUAUCAAUGAUGACAGGUAUGGUGAACCCCACGUCUGGAACAGCGAUCAUAAACGGCUACGACAUAGUAACAGAGACGCAUCAAGCUCGCAAAUCGCUUGGCAUUUGUCCCCAACACAACGUACUGUUUCCCGAUCUGACUGUCGCCGAACACAUCAUAUUCUACUCGAGGCUAAAAGGAGUGCCUUACUCGGACAUAGGAAAAGAAGUCGAUCACUUUGUAAAACUUCUUGAGUUAGAAGCAAAGAGAGACACACUGUCAGUUAAGCUGUCAGGCGGUCAGAUGCGACGGCUGUCAGUGGCUUGCGCUAUGUGUGGGUCAUCCCGCGUCGUACUGCUCGACGAGCCUACGUCCGGCCUCGACCCCGCCGCGCGGCGUUCUUUAUGGGAUUUAUUAUUGAAGGAAAAGAAAGGUCGAACCAUGAUUUUAACAACUCAUUUCAUGGACGAAGCGGACGUCCUGGGUGAUCGAAUAGCAAUAAUGGCAGGCGGUCGCCUCCAGUGCAUGGGGACGCCCUAUUUUCUGAAGAAACAUUACGGUAUUGGCUACAAAAUGACAAUCGUCAAAGCUGACAAUUGCAAAGUGAAUGACGUCACCAACUUCUUAAAAACAUACGUGCCCGAUGUUAAAGAGAAUACUAAUAUAGGUUUGGAGUUGACGUAUAUAAUAUCCAACGAUCAUGUGAGGAAGUUCCCCGACAUGUUGAAGGACUUUGAGAUGAAAAAAGACGAGUUAAAAGUAUCGAGCUAUGGACUUUCUGUCACCAGUUUAGAAGAAGUUUUUAUGAAGGCAGGUGCGGAGGACUUUACAUCGACAGAACGCAAGUCCACCAAAGGUCAAUUCAAGAAUUCGCCCAUUGUCAUCGCAAUCAACGAAGCUGCCGUCGCUCCUGAUUACAGAGAUUCCGCUAAUGGCUUGAGGGAACCAGAACAAGGGAAAAAUGUGAAAGGCUUUAGUUUAUUAAAGAAUCACAUCAAAGCUAUGUUCCUGAAACUCGCUUACAACGCGAUGAGAAACAAAGUUAUUGCUCUUAUCCAACUGAUCACACCACUUAUCAAUAUAUCGUUAUCCGUGCUCAUCUCGAGGUCUUGGAAGUUCAUGAGUUCAUUACCACCGCUUCUAUUGAGUUUAGAAAGUGGGUUUAAGAAAACUGAAACAUUGAUGUCGGAAAUAGCUGGCCUUCAAGAUAAUAGCCUGGAGGGAAUGGCUAUGCUUUCAUAUAAAAACUAUUUUAAAUCUAAGAAGGAUUAUAAUAUGAAACUUACCGAUUUUGGAUUCUCGCAAAUGGGCAAGAUGUAUUUGAAGAUGGCAGAAUCGGACCUGCCAAGAAUGCGCUACGAAACGUUAAUCGGUGCAACAUUUGGUCCCGAUAAAAUAACGGCCUGGUUCAGCAACUAUGGUUACCAUGAUUCGGCUAUCUCCCUCGCACUCGUGAACAACGCCAUAUUGCAAAGUCAAAUGCCUAAUAGCACGCUGGAGUUUGUCAAUUAUCCACUGCCGUAUACGAUUGAACAUUUGGUAAAAGUGAUGGCCACCGGUAGUAGUAUGGGAUUCCAGUUCGCUUUCAACAUCGGAUUUUGUAUGGCUUUCGUCACUGCGUUCCUUGUACUAUUUGUUGUCAAGGAGCGGAUAAGUGGUGCGAAGCUCCUACAGCGAGUGUCCGGCGUGCGGCCUGCCGUGAUGUGGAUAUGUUCAUUUUUGUUCGACUGGCUAUGGCUGUUCGUCGUCUACCUUUGCAUUAUCAUCGGCCUCGCUUGCUUUCAGGAGAACACACUUAAAACACCUGAAGAAUUGGGUAGAGUGCUAUUAGUGUUGUCCGUGUUCUCUUUAGCUACGAUACCACAGCACUACCUCGCCUGUUCCUACUUCGACGCGCCGGCCUCUGGAUUCUCUAAGAUGUGUUUCCUUAAUAUGUUUUUGGGUUGCAUGCCAUUUUUAAUAAUCGAAGUACUAAAACUUCCCGAAGUGGGAAGCCCAUACUACGCGAACAUAUUCGACUGGGUGUUCUCUCCGCUGCCGCUGUACUGCUUAAGUAGAAGCUUCAGGGACAUGAGCGUGUCAGCAUUCUCGAUCCUUGCGUGCGACAGUCUGUGCGACCAGUUUGUCAACAUUGCGAACUGCUCACGCGCCACUAUCUGCAACCGUAUGAACAUCACCGUGUGUUGUAUCGAAGACAACCCUUAUCUGAAAUGGAACGAGCCAGGCAUCGGCCGGUACCUCUUCAUGAUGACGUUAGUCGGCGUUAUAUUGUUCACCGUGUUGCUCCUUAAGGAAUAUGAAGUUUUUAAUGAGCUAAAGCUGCGCAUAGAAAAGAAAUCUCACAUCUACCCACAACCGCCUUUACCGACGGAUGAAGAUAGCGACGUAGCGUUUGAAAGGCACUACGUGGAGUCCCUCCACCGACGCAAGCUCGUCGAACAGAGCCUCGUGUGCAAGGACCUUACUAAAUAUUACAAACAUUUCUUGGCUGUGAACAGACUUACAUUUGCGGUUCGAAACGGCGAAUGUUUCGGGUUACUCGGCAUCAAUGGGGCAGGCAAGACGAGCACGUUCAAGAUGCUGACGGGCGACUACCCCAUCUCGCUGGGCGACGCUUUCGUGCACGGGGUCUCUGUUAAGUCAAACAUUCGGGAAGUGCACCAAUACAUUGGUUAUUGCCCGCAGUUCGACGCACUGUUCGACAAUUUAACAGCUCGUGAGACGUUGAGGAUAUUCUGUCUAAUGCGAGGGAUUCCCGUCAAGACUGGUGCGAAGCGGGCUAUGAAACUCGCUUCUAUGCUCGGUUUCACUAAACACUAUGAUAAGAAGGUUUGCGAAUGCAGUGGCGGGACAAAGAGAAAAAUUAGCACUGCGGUUGCGCUCCUUGGGGAUUCGCCACUCAUUUUCUUAGACGAGCCUACGACAGGCAUGGAUCCAGCUUCUAAACGCUUAGUAUGGAGCUCAGUGAGUGACGCAGUGGCAAGUGGGCGUAGCAUCGUACUGACGUCGCACAGUAUGGAGGAAUGCGAGGCAUUGUGCUCCAGACUCACAGUAAUGGUAGCCGGGCGACUGCACUGCCUUGGGCCACUGCAGCAUCUUAAGAGUAAAUUUUCGCAAGGAUACACGUUAAUAAUAAAAAGCAAAAGUUUACCUAAAAGAGACGAUAACGUAGCAACUGUCCAUCAAUACGUCACAAAGGAAUUCUCCGACAUCCGGCUUGUUGAAACCUACCUGGGCAUCAGCACAUAUUACUUAAACGAUGUCGGUUUGCCAUGGUGGCAGGUAUUCCACAUAAUGGAGAAAGACCGAGAUUCUCUCCCCAUAGAAGACUAUUCCGUGACUCAAACAACGUUGGAACAAGUAUUUCUCAUGUUUACAAGGACACAGGGCGAAACGGAAUCAAGAGUAUAGUUUGACAAGUUAGUAGAGAAUAUUGGUUACUUGACAAUAUUCUCUACUAACUUGUUAAACUUAUUUAAUGAGGACUCAAUCUCAGAAUUACAAUGUAUUAGUAACUGAUCUGAUGAUGUAAUGGUAAGCUACUCAUCAGUAGUUUUGCAGUAAGCGUGUCCGAUUACUAAAUGUUCAAGGUCGGGUACAGUCCAGCUGUCAGUAGCAAACCCGUCUGACGUAUUUUCGUUCAGGGAGACCAACACACGCAACCAAAGUGUUUUUUGUACGUGCGUAAAUAUGGGUGCAAUACGAUUCAAGACCACGCAGGGGUCCAUUAAAUUAUCCUUUCAUCACAUUCGUAUGUAUAUAGUAUGAUUACCUUUUUUCUUGGCUGUAAUGAGAAGAAAAAAGGCCCGAGCGUCUUAUUUGAGGCAUUAUAGUCAAGUGUGCAUGCAAUCAUACUAUUUACACGCAAAUGUGAUGAAAAACAUUGUAUGUUUCACGGGCGGUACGGGAAUUACGAACCUCGACAGUCUUCGCCUUCGGGCUUCUGUUAGAGUCUCGUUCGCAAUUCCUUAUUUACCGCCCUUAAAACACAAUGCACUAUUAAAGGAAUAUUACAAUUUCUUUACCUUAGACCAAUGCUGUUAAACCUUUUGUUAUUGUAUAGCUAGCUGUACCUGACGUAUAAAUACUGUUGUUAUAAACCGUCAUACUAGGUAAAAUUACGUCACAAAUCUACCUAAAAAAACUUCUAACCGUCGCUUAGGAAACAACAUCGUUUAAUAGGUCUCACAAGGUGCGCUGACGGCGAAAAAAGUCGUUCAGCCCAAUGCAAUCGCAGUCGGCUUGCGAAAAGGCGUGGCAAACUACUUUCCGCUGGACGGAACGAUCUUUUUAUUAUUUGUUUAAUAGCGGCUACUGUGCUUGGGCCAGUGUCAGUUUCGAUGUACCUUGCCAAAUAAUAUUGAUCAAGAACGCCAACCCUUGGCAGCAAGCAAGGUAUUUAUUUUUGGAAGAGCUUCUUCGACGGACUGCUGCGUUUUAUUUUCUCUCACAGACGACUACAGACGAUCCCUCUUACGUAAAGUAUCGUAUGUCGAAAUUGCCCAGUUGAUACGGGAAAAGUUUUAAAGUUCUGAGUUCACUGAAAUGAGCA